GGGCUCCGCCAUCCCCCCCCCCCCGCCCCGCGGGGCUGCGCACGCGCCGCACAGACACCGGAAGGCGGGUGCUGUUGCGCAACUGGCAGUCGGGCGCGUGGGGGAGCCGGCUCCGGGCGACUCUCGCUAAAAUCAAAAAUGGCCAAGAGUUUAAGGAGUAAAUGGAAGAGAAAGAUGCGCGCUGAGAAAAGGAAGAAGAAUGCGCCGAAGGAACUCAGCCGAUUAAAAAACAUCCUGAAAGCAAAUGCUGAUGUUGUAAUGGAGGAGGUUAAAGAAAUAGCCACGGUGAUCACCCCCGAGAAAGUCCAAGAUCAAGGUGACAAAGUUAAGAUGGACACACAGAUUAAAAGAAACAAAAAGAAUCUUUUAGACCAAUAUGGACAGUACCCAGUAUGGAUGAAUCCCAGACAGAGGAAGAAGCUUAAGGCAAAACGUGUUAAAGGAAAAAACAAAUCCAAGGUGGCCAAGGGAUUAGCUUGGUAGCUUUGAAGAAAUUUUGAAGGGUGGAAAAGAGACUAUGUAGAAAACAGAGGCCACCAAAGAUUAAGAGUAUGUGAUCAGGCUGGGUCCAGCUACCAAGUAUAAAUUAUCAUUAAGUCUGGAGAAUCUAUUAGAUCAGAAAUUGAUGAAAGGGACAUCAAUUUUAUAUCUAGUUAAUUUUAAAAGAAAAUGAGUUAAGUGUUUCACCUGCUUUUGAGUCCCCUGACCAAAAUUUGUGGUUAUGCAUUUUAAAAUAUUUUUCUCACUUGUUGCUGUGUUGAUCUUGAACACAGGAACAAGUGGAGAAACCAUGGAACCAACUAUGCACUAUAGGAGGUAACAUAUUUUUAGACGGAAGCACGUUCUGUAAAUUGACAGUGUCCCUUUAAUUUUCCUGUAGAACUUCUUUUUUUGGAGUUCUGAUGUUUGUUUUAAUACUGAAGUAUUAAAUUAUGAAAACAUAUUAUGUGACUUUAUAUAGACAUUAUAAACUGAAAUUUGGUUCAAAUCAAAACAUAGAAAACCCAAACAAAUAAAAAUGUUAGUGAUUAUCUUUUAAAAUUCCAGUAGAAAUGGUUAUUUUUAAACAAAGAAAACUUGUGUUACAGUGUUUGCAACCCAAACAUUACAGCAUUGAGAAAUUGAAAGUAAAAUGACUUAAUAGAUUUUCAUUGUCCAUCUGAAAGAAUGCAAAGGCAUAAACAGUAUAAAGAACAAAA